GAAUACGCUAUAGUAAGUAAUAAAUAACUUAUAACAAUCUCAAUCCAAGAGUAGAGAGAUUAAACAUUUCAAUGAAAUUUUUGAGAAUAUGAGUUGGAUCAAGAUUGGUAUUUCCCUUCUUCUCCUUUUAAUCCAAUCUGCCGCUACUUACAUCACAAGGCUGUCCUGUCGAUACCAUGGAAAUUUCUCUGUGAAGAAGAUGGACACAUACUUCCCUGGCAAGGUUGAUCAAACCAUAGUCGACAUUUCUGAGAAUGAUUGCCUAAGGUGCUGCGUGGCCACCAACUCAUGUUUGUUUAUUAAUUAUUCAAAUAACUCCACUUGUGAGCUACUUUCAUCAAAUGUUGGUGCUUUUGAAAUCAAACCAGGGUGGACUUUUCGUUCAACAGACUAUACAGUUGGACGAUAUAGAGGUGCAGUAUGCCGAACUUUGCAACCCUGUCAGCUAACAGAAAAAUGUAUUGAUGCUUGCAACCCUCUUGGCUACGAAUGUGUGGUGCUUAGAAAUGUGGCCAGAAGUAAAUCUACGUCCGCAUCAACUGUUUACGACGCUUUACAUGUUGGUUCUCAAGCAGUCGAUGGAAGUUACAGCUGGCCUGGAGAGCCAUUUUCAUGCUUUGCGACGGCUUACACUUCCAAUCCUUGGUUUCUUCUGGAUCUUCAAGAGGCAAUACUGUUCGAUUUUGUCAGAUUGUACAACAGAGUAGAUAUGGGGUACUACAUAAGAUUGAAAAAUCUUGACUUUCAUAUUGGUGAGAAUGGCGACGAUCCCGUCUCAAAUCAGAUUUGUUUAUUAAAUCAAGAUCAAUCAACGUUGGCGAUAAAAGAUUACAGCUGUGAAAUUGGAAACUUGAAAGGGCGCUACUUGUUCAUUAUAUUAAGAGGAACGGAACAUCUAAACUUUUGUGAGUUGGAAGUUUUUGUAAAAUAGACCAACUUGAUAAUAAUAAUGCAAUAACAUAUUAUAAACAGUUUUGUCAAUCUAUGCUGAGAAAAAAAUACCCGAGGUCAAAAGUAUACACCGAGCUUGCUAGGUCGAUGUCCUGACUUGGGGUAUUAUUUCCCGGAAGAGAUAGAUAAAAUAGUUAUUAUUGUAUUUAUUAACUGAUACUUAUUUUGUUGGGGUCCGUAGAAACCAGGAUUGCUUUCUAAAAAUUUAUUUGUAAUUAGGAAUGGUAAAAACAGACUUUGUUUUAAAAAGAAAACGUUGGAUUUAGAUUUCAUUGUUUUAGAGAUCAAAACAUCCGAUUAACCAUAUACAGAAUUUUUUUAACGUUUUUUUAACUACAGUCUUUAUAUAGACAGAAGAAAAGUCUAUCACACAAAUUCUAUGCUGCUUUGCUUUAUGAUGAUGAAUAUUCAUGUUAGAAAAGUUGUAAUUUAUGUGUGCACCAUCAAACAUGGGUUUAAAAUUAUUAAGUAGAUGUAGUGUUCGUGAUGUUUUGCAAUGUUUUUUACCGCGUUUGUUCGAACUAAGUAGGUUUGACAUGUGGUCCUGCUGUUUACUUAAAGCUAGGCUAGGCUACGUUUUUAAAGUUGAAGAGAUAACUAGCGGAUCGAUAUCAACCAAUCAGAUCACAACGAAAAAGUAGUUGACUUCUUACAAACCUGGAUAGAUCAAUGAUUUGAUUAAAACGUUUCUUUUUUCACUUUCUGUUACGUUUAUCUCAAACCAUAUUGCACUUUUUGAAGGUUAAUUGCGUAACAACGUUUGCAAUAAUGGAACUUAGCUUCAGAAGUAUCAGUUGUUACGAAAAGUUUUGUAGAACUUUUACUGAAUAAAUGUGUUUUUAAAAUA